GCGGGGCCGCGGAGCGCUCGGGGUCGCGCUGCCGGGGCCUAAGCGCGCUCCCGCCGCACGCAGGGCUCGGGUGGCGGCGGCGGCUCCCGACGCGCUCCCGCUCCACCCCCUGUGUUGCCCGACGGGAGGUGUGAUGGCUUCCCGCAAGAGCUCCAGAGCCACCGGCGGCAGCCCCAGCCCCGGCUCCAAGAGAGAGACUAAGCAUGGAGGAAGCAAGAAUGGAAAGAAAGAAGGCCUCUCUGGGAGCUCAUUUUUCACCUGGUUUAUGGUAAUUGCUUUGCUGGGAGUUUGGACAUCAGUAGCAGUUGUCUGGUUUGAACUUGUAGAUUAUGAAGAAGUUCUAGCCAAAGCAAAGGAUUUCCGUUAUAACUUGUCAGAGGUCCUACAAGGCAAGCUUGGGAUAUAUGAUGCUGAUGGAGAUGGAGAUUUUGAUGUGGAAGAUGCUAAAGUAUUGCUAGGCCUUAAAGAAAGAUCUGUCCCAGCACAGCCAGCAUCACCAGAAUCUGAGGAGACUGUCCAGCCUGCUGAAACGCCAUAUGUUGAAUCAGAGCACAAGACUGCUGACAUAGAAUUGGAAGAGGAAAUUCAAUCUGUUCUUCAUGAAGCUCUCCAUUCCCAUCCUGGAGAAAGACAUGAAGAUGUAGAUGAAAGUGUAAGUGACCAGUGGCAAGUAAAGGAAGAAAUACAUGGAGAAACUUUUGAAGCUCCUGCAACAGAUGACAUGCUCAGAGAAUUUGAGACUGAAAUUUCAGAAGCAUAUGAGACACCAGACUCAGUUCAGAAAGAUGCUGAUCCUAUGGUGGAGGAUGUUGGAGCAGUGGAGUCUGAAUCAUACGAAAUUCCAGCCUUAGAUGAUUAUGUUGCAGAUUUGGAAGAGAGAGUAAGCGAUCCAGACACUCCAGGUAACUCUGAGGCAAUGCCAGAAGAUGCUGUGGAACAUUAUACAGAGGAUAGAGUGCAUGAAGUUUAUAGUGAAGACCAAGAAAAGCAGACUGAGACUCGAGAUACAGAGGAAAUUAAUGAAGAUUUUGAUGUUGCUAAAGACCUCUCAGGAAUAGAAAGUAAGCUAACAGAAGAUGACAUGGCCAUUGAACCCGAGGAAUCAGAAAAACCUGUUAAAGCUGAAGAUUAUUCAGAUGAUGUUCAAGUGGGGAAAAGUGAAAAAGAAACUGAACAAGACAAAACAGAAAAAGCUAAAAAGAAGAAGAAGCCAAAGCUCUUAAACAAGUUUGAUAAGACCAUUAAAGCUGAACUAGAUGCUGCAGAAAAACUACGUAAAAAAGGAAAAGUUGAAGAAGCUCUAAGGGCCUUUGAAGCAUUAGUGAAUCAAUAUCCACAAAGUCCUCGAGCAAGAUACGGGAAAGCACAGUCUGAAGAUGACUUAGCUGAGAAAAUGAGGAGCAAUGAGAUGCUGCAACAAGCUAUCAACACCUAUGAUGAGGUGCUUAGUCUGCCAAACGUCCCUUCAGACCUGAUAAAACUGAGCUUGAAGCGAGAAGCAGACAGGCAGCAGUUCCUUGGUCGCAUGAGGGGCUCUCUGGUUACUCUACAGAAAUUAGUUCAGCUGUUUCCCAGUGAGACUUCAUUCAAGAAUGACCUUGGUGUUGGUUACCUCUUGAUAGGAGAUAACAGCAAUGCUAAGAAAGUAUAUGAAGAGGUUCUAAGUCUGGCUCCAAAUGAUGGCUUUGCCAAAGUACAUUAUGGCUUCAUCCUGAAGGCAGAAAACAAGAUAGCAGAGAGCAUACCUUAUCUACAGGAAGGACUGGAGUCUGGUGAUCCUGGCACAGAUGAUGGACGUUUUUAUUUUCAUCUGGGCGAUGCAUUACAGAGAAUGGGAGACAAAGAGGCAUACAAGUGGUACGAACUUGGAUACCAACGAGGUCACUUUGCAUCAGUUUGGCAGCGCUCCCUCUACAAUGUCAAGGGACUGAAAGCUCAGCCUUGGUGGACAGCAAGGGAAACGGGCUAUACAGAACUGGUGAAGAUUAUUCAGGCCAUAUAUGGAGGCCUUGGUUUGGAUCAGCAUCUUGAGUGGCUUCUAGAAGAGCUGCUCAGAAAACCAGCAAGGAUAAAAAUUCACCCCUGACCUCCACAGUACAACUGUCUCUCUGGAAUUCAAUAAUACCUUUUCAUUCCAAUCAUUUGGUGGUACAUGUUUAUUGGCAAUAUAUCAGUGAAUCUAGAUUAAAUUGUGACUGGUAAUUUACUUGCACAGGUAUCAUAAUUUGGGAGCAGUAAGAUCUUUAAGACAACACUCACAGGUUAAAGUAUAAAGCCAAAAUGUAGUUAUGUGCAUCAGGACAAAUAUUUGUAUUGUUGGGGUUUUUUUGUAACUCAAGAAAGUGCUUGAAGUUUUGGAAGAAAGGGGGUUUAAUACUAAUUACAUAGAAUGCUGCAAGCAAGACUAGAGGUAGUAUUCUUCAGGAAGCAACAAAAUAUUAUUGAUGACAUUAGCUUUCUAAUUUCUGAAGUACUCAAACUCCUGUACAUGUUUUAGUUAAAAAAAUUAUUUCCCCUUCUCACAAAGCAGAAACCAAUCAAUAGUUAGUUCCUACUGCUUCAUUUCAUUAUAUUUCUCUUCUGUCUGUGUGGGAAAUGCUUCCAAAUCACCCUGGUACAAUUCAAUAUGGAUACAUACUGUAUACACUGAUAUAUACUGUACACACUGAUAUAUUCUGUAUGCAGCACUGGAGGCCCUGACCCUCUCUCUGAGUUUCACUGCUUCUUAAAAGGGAAUGAACUAUAUUUAUACCAAUAACUUGGUAUCUUAGUAAUGCUAACUGAGCAUUUAUCUGGGCCUGUGGCAGUAGUAAGGCUGAACUCUCUUUGGUUCAUUCCAUUAACCAGCACAGCUGUGGUCAGUGACAUCUUACAGCACAGACCUGGCUUGUUUUUCAUAUGAAAGGUCAUCUAGUUUCUUGGGCCUAGAGAUGGAGAUGUGAAUUUUGACACUGCCUUGCUUCUUCCACAGAAAGUCUAAAGAGAAAAUUGUCUUUUUACAGUAUUAUCAGUUUAAUAACUUCCUUCUGAGGGGCAUUCAGCUUAACUAGCUGUAAGCAUACAGACUGAGACACACUGUCCAUGCUAGUGGCACUGUUUGCAAGUGAAAGAAAAGGGCAUUUCCACGGGAUGUUUCAUUUUUACAAUGCUAAAUAACUGUCUAAGCAUGGCAUGUCUCCUUUUCUGGUGUUAACUGUCCUACUGCUUUACUUAAAAAAUGGGUCCUGAUGCUUAACUUCCUGGUGGGUAGGGUUAAAAAAAGACAAUCUCAUACUUUAUCUCUUUUAAUAUUACCUGCUUGCCUGGAUGUCUUAAGGAUGAGGGUUUUGGAUUGGGUAGGUUUUUUUGGGGGAGGAGGCAGGGAAGACUGAGAAUAUCUCAGUAGCACUUAUCAGGACAUUGUAGAUCUUAAUUAGUGGAACUGUGCUGAAGGGAAGUGGAGUUUUGAAUCUCUCUACAGCUCACUGAGGCUUAAUGUUUUUUCUUUGAAAGAAUAGGGAGAGGCACCUGAUUUCUCAGGGAGAAGAAAAUACAAACCUUUAUAUUAGGAAGGGUGUGGUGAGUGACUUAUGUAGAGAUCUUCUACUAAUGUUUCUGAUUUACAGGCAGUUAAGGCCUUUGGAUCUGGGAAUUCAAGAAAUUGUCUUCCUCUUUUGACCUCAGUUGAAAGGAAACCUUACUUUCUUCUUUGAAAACCCACCCUUUUCCCUUGGAAUGAUUAGCUUUCCUCAGCCAGUCUUACUGAGUCAUUGCAUCUUUCUCCAAUACCUUCUGUAGAACCUCAUUUAUAGCAUUAUUCUACUCUGGCCCUCAUUUAAAAAAAUAAUAAAAGCGAUACAAUUGUGCUGGAUCCUAGAGACUUUCCACUGGUCUGAAAUUAAUAUGUAGGCAAUGACUUAAUUAACUUUGUCCUUUCUGCAUGUUGUGUCCUUUGACAUUUGGAAAGGACCCAGACGAUGCUUUGCCAAUAAUUUACUACAAUUUACUGAUUGAUUAAAGUAGAUCUUGUAUUGUUGCUUUUCUCUGAUGGCUUAGAUUUUAUUAUAUAAAUUUUCUAGUGCAUCAAGAAAAGUGCAGAAAGACAAUGAAAGUAUUGGCAACAGCACAUAUCUUUAUAGUUUUCCAUAGGUUGACAGCUGGGCCUUAAUGGUUUUGGUAAUAAUAGCUAAACAUUCAUAGGCAAGGGAGAAAUUAAAUUGAAAUGUGUAUUUAAAGUGUGGUUGGAUGCAUUAAGGGGAGCCUUGUGUUGAAAAGAGCAAAGAUGAUGCAUACAAGUGCUGAGGUUUAAGCUCUGUGAGUGAUUGGAUGGGUGCAAGGAAUCUAUUUUGAACAGUUUGAAACACUGCCCCUUGCUUGGAGGUUAUCAGCAUUGCCCAGUGGAGAUGUGGUAACUGAUUGUGAAUGCUUUCCUCUUCUGUUUCAAUAACAAAGUGAAGUACAUUAAACUCUUCACCACGAUUUUAUUUUAUAGUUCAGUGAAUUAAAAUGGAUGUGUGGUCAGUAGUUAUGCCUCACAUGAGGGGUAGCCACCUCUUAAUCUCUUCCUGUGUCAUUUAUAACCACACAUUGAAAGGGUUUGACAGCACAGAGUAAAGAUACUUUCAAUGGAAUAGUCUCACAUAAAAACCUCCAAUAUUAAACAAUCCCUAUUUAAAUAAAAUCUACAUUAUUGCCAGAUGUACAGCAACUGUAAACUUCAACUGUUAUUAGAAACUGUAUUUAAAAAGCCAUAUGGAGGUUUAUGGGAAUCAGCUGCUAGCAAACAAGUACAUAUGCUCCCAUUGCUUGUUGCCUCCUGAUUUUUCAGUUGUAAUCAGGAUACUGCACCAAAUAUAAUGUUAAUUUUUUGCUCUAACCUGGAGCUUGAAUCCUUGCAUAUCAUGGAGCCAUAAGUACAUUUAACUUUUUUUCCUGCAGAUACCAACUCUUAGAUCAGGAGCUGUUAAGUCCAAAUCCUGGACUUAAACGUGCUUGAAUGGUUUUUUGUGUUCUUACUGUUCAAGAUAUCCCUGAGAGUCUGUAGUAUCAGGGAGACCAAGGCUGGGUGGUGUUUGAACUCCCCACUUUAUUUCUCCCUAGGAGUUGUCUGUUAGUCAUUAUAAAGCACUGUCAGUGUGUUUUACAGAUGGGGGUCUAUGUUUUCAGGACAGAAACCCUAUUGAUAUCUGACCAAUUCAUGUCUAAAACCAUUGAGGAUUUUGCUCAAAAUUGAUGAGAUAUAUUCAAAUAAAUUUGUAUCUAACAUGUUGGGGAGGGGGCCUUUAAACACAAGGACAAGCACUCACCUUUAUAGGUUAACCUUCACCAUGUGGCACUUGAGAGAGAGAGUAGAGGUGACAGAGCAGCUGUUGCCUACAAUGCCUUGGACCACCAGUGUUCUUCAUGUGUCAUCUUGUCUGCAUGGAUGAAGGCUCCCUCUUACCUUUUUCAGCUGAGGAAGUAGGAGGAGUUUGAGGAAGCACAGAAGAACUUGGAAUGUCUUUCAAAGUUUUCCAGUUUUGUUACUCUAUAUCACUUUAAAUUGAGGCUGGUGUGAGUGUAGGUUAUUCAUUUCUUUUUCUUCAGCCAGUGUAAAACCAGGUACCCAAGCUGGCAUUUCCUUUUGUAGAUAGGGUAGUGCUAAAUAAGUAGCAGCACUGUUCUCAUAUACAUCUCUGAUUAGGUGGAAAUUUUCAGUCUUUUUUUGUACCCUACAUUUUGGAUAAGUCAGUUUUCCAAAGAUAUUCUAAAAAAAAACCCAAACAACUCCAAAACAAGUCUUUGCAAUUUUGCUUAAUGCUAGCUGUUAAAUGAGUGUUAUAGACACCAUCAAUGAGGGAGAAUAACGUGAAUAUACUAGGAAAAAUAAGUGUUCUUUCCCAUUUUUUGAUAGGUGAGAGAAAAAAACCAAUUUGUUAUGAUAGAGAUUACUGUAAUAACAGAAGUUAAAGCUGUAUUUUCAUACAUUUUAACCUAGCUAAAAUUGUUAUAGUGUGAGAAAGUGGCUGUAUUAUAGACAACGUGUUCUAGGCAAAGUUUGCUUUUUGAGCCUUUUAUGAUCUAGCAAUACAAACCAAUUUUGUCAGAUCAACUUUUCCUUUAAGUAAAAAAACUCAAGUGGAAAAUGUAACUGUUUAUUUUACAUGAGGAUGGCUAAUAAACAUAUGAAGUUUUAAGACUAAAAGGGGGCACUUAUAUCACCUAGCACCUAUAUCACCUUUUACUCAUCAUAUAAGGAGGUAGUGUGGGAACAUACCCUAGCUUAUUUCAGUGUGAAAUGGAUUGAAAAUGUCUUACAGAAAUGCAUUGUUCAAGAGCACAAGGGAAAAAUGAAAACUAUUCACCCAAAAUAAGGUUUAGUGAGAAAAGUAAGCUGCUGGGAAAUUGAAGUUACUUUUAUCCAGAUCCAUUGUUAUACUGUGGGUUUUCCAUUUAUGUUGCUAUAACAUUAAAAUUACUUAUUAUUGGUAGAAUAAAAGGUUUUCUAAGCUAUCUGAUUUCUCUAAAUAUAAUGUACUAAGGCAGCAGAGAACAGAAAAUUUGAUUCUGCUAUUUUGUGAGUUUGUACAUAUGAAGUGUUAGGCAGCUCACACAUUCUCAAUCUUUGUGUCCAUAAUUGAUCACCUGGCAUUUCAAGUUGUAUAUGACUUUUGCAAUAGCGUCAACACAUGCAAGUGAAUCUCAGCAAGCCUUUUUGAAGGUCUCAAUCAUAAACUUCAACUCAAAUGGUGUGUUUAAAUUUGGCCUCUUUGGCCUGUAAUAUUCUGCCAACACCUGGAGUUCCAGGUUAUGUAAGUGGUUUUCCAGUUGCAGGAAAGAUUCCAGGGUCACAUGCACAGCAUUUAGGAAGAUCAAUACAUUUAGCUUGCAAUACAAAAUGAUCACUUAAAGAGCCUUUAGGCUCAUCAAAAAGCAAGUCAAAGUGAGGCCUGGUCUGCAAAGAGGCUGGCUAUUGUUGAAAACUUACAAUCCCAAUGUAAUUGAAUCUGAAGACUGGUGUGAAAGUUAUUUUUCCUGCCUUAACAUGUCAGAAGGAAAUAGAAUUUAAAGCAACUUGAUAAUAAUGACAAACACUUUCUUUUAUUGCUUUUAAAUAUAUUAAAAAAGCGAAUAAUGGCCGGAAAAAAUAAAAAUGGUGCUAAAGCCAAACACAGUAAUUUCUCAGUGCAGUGACAUGGCUCUCACAACAGUCCUUAGAGAAAAACUGGAAGCUCAUUCGGGACGAGGGUCUUGCUGUGAUGGAUAAAAAACGAAGCCUCUUCCUGCCUGAAGAUGAGAACCUACGGGAAAAA